CUCCUCAAGUGGCUUUUCUCGUCGCGGGAGGCGGAGAAAAAAGAGGAGGGGAAAAAAGAGAAGGAAAAGGAGAAGAAGGAGCGAGAAUAAAACGAUUAGAGCAGAAAAAUUACACCGCACCUCACUUAUCACGCUCACCGGACACGCACUCUUCAUUAAUGUGGACCUAUUUACUGCAGUCACGAUCCAUCAUGGAGAGCCUGAGAGUCUUGGGCUUCAGCAUGCUGCUGUGUGUGGCUUUCUCUGAGACUCAGAAUGUGAAAGACCAGCUGGUGUUCCUGGGCGAGGAUUAUCACAUCUUGUUGCCAGCAGGCGGCGCUAUAGUGACCUUCAAGCCCAGGCUCGGUCCAGAAGGCCGGGAGAUGGAGAUGAUCAAGGACGGGGAAAUUGUAAACCAGCGGGUCAAACUGAACGAUGCUCGGACUCACCUGAUUCUGGAGAACGUCGGAGAGAGCGACGAGGGAGUGUACAUCAUCCAAUCUGAGCAAAACAAUCAGGACAUCAAGUGGCUCAAUCUCAUCGUCAGAGAUUGCACAAUGGAAUCGAGUGUGAUAUACGGAGGCGAGUUCCACGUUUCGUUGGUCGACGUCACUACCCCGAUAAGCGUGGGCUUCCGUCCCAUCGCCGUGGAGGCCAAUCAGACCUCUUUGCCUGCGACAGAGCUACUGAAGCUCGAUGGAAGUUUGAAGGAGAGUUAUGAGGGCCGCAUCUUCAGUAACGAGCAGCGGCUUGUCCUGAAAGCCGUAACCGGGGCUGAUGAAGGCAGCUACACCAUCUCUGACUCCAUUGACAAAGUGAGCAAGAAGAUCUGCCUUAAUGUGAAAGAGCAGGAAAACUUUGUCACAGUGCCAUAUGGGGGCAAGUUUAAGCUGAAUCUGCACAUGAACAGCUCCUCUGCCCGUCUGAUCUACUCAUCCGACUCCAAUGGCUCUAACAACUUCAGCUGGGUGAUUAUGGAGAAAGGCGAGCUGAACCUGCCUCCUGAGCGCAACAUGGAGGGCCGGUUCUCUAUGGAGGACUCUGUGUGUAUCCUGGAGCAGGUGACGCCCAGUGACUCAGGACUGUACCAGGUCACUGAUCUACAGGGCUUCUCCGUGUCCAAAAUCCACUUGGGGGUGGGACCAUAUACGCUGCCUAAAGUAUUUGUAGCCGUGAUUUCACUUGUGGCUUUGCUGGUGGUGCUGCUGUUGGUGUGUUUGGUGUCAUGUUUGGUGAAGGUGCGCAGAAGGGCAGCAAAAGCCCGGGCCAUUGAGAAGAUUGCAAAAAAUGCAGGCAAAGAAGAAGGAUCCGCCUUUAGACAGGUAGUGAAGGAAGCUUGCUCCCGUCAGACUGACGAGGCUCCUGCCCUCUCACAAAAGGAAGAUAUUACAGAGAAAUCCCAGAGCACUGAAAUCAGCAUUAAGGGUCUGGAAGUUUCUGCUAAGGAUACAAGUAUCCACGAUAAGAACCUGGAGACCAGCGACUCAGGAGUAGGCUUCACCACUGCUGGCCUCCCACUGGACAGUGAUACUGAGGCGCCAACAGUACCCCUUACGGAAUCUGACAUUCUGAGCUCCUCUGUUGCUACUGAUGCCAAACCUACUGCAAAGCAAGAGUCCAAACUCACUGUGUCUUCACCUCCCAAGCCAGCAACCACCCCUGAUGCUAAGCCAGCACCGUCUCCCGACCCCAAACUCUCUGUUACACCAACGACAGAAACAAAAAUGGCCAUCUCACCCACUCCUGAGUCCAAACCGAGCUUGAGUCCAUCUCCAGACCCUAAGCCCGCAGUGACACCCGAGUUGAAAACAGCAGUUAGCCCUACUUCUAAAGCCACAGUCAAACCAACUUCCACUCCUGAAGUCAAACUAACCCCAAGUCCUGGAUCAUCAAAGGUGGUAACACCAACUCCUGACUCCGAACCAGCCGCAGCUUCAACUAAAACGGCAGUGUCCCCAGCUUCUGAUCUUAAGCCAACCAAACCUGACUCCACACCAUCUGCCCUGAGUCCAUCAGCAGCACCUACGUUUGAAGCCCCUGAUAAAAAGCUUGGCCCCUCUCCAUCACCAGAACCCAAACUGGCUCUCUCACCAACCCCUGAUGCAAAACCCACCACCAAUGGUACCCUUGAGCCCACCCCAGAUAUAGGAUCUUCUGACGCAAGUGAAAUCCCUGCAAAAACCCCAGAGACUGAGAAAAGCUCUGUCAAAGCUCCUGAGUUAAUCUCGACCGAUGAUCCAGCUCCAGAGGCCAGCAAGCAAGACUCCAACAGCGACGGUGCUCCUGCAUCAGUUGUAGCGGAAACAUCUUCCACCUGAGGUCCAAACCACUGCCUGAUUACUGCUCCCUCUUCACGUCUUUUAACACCGCUGACAAUCGAGAUCUAACAACAAGCAAAGACUCUUAUUAUGAAGGAGGGCAACUUUAGUCUACUAAACCUCACACUUUACGCAUAACUAACGUCCACUGUAUAUUUAACCUGAAUGAAUUCCUAGUUAAUCACUUUGUAAAACCGUUCCAUAGACACAGAGACGUACCACUACAGGAACCACUACAGGUAUUCCAUAGACUGUUUAUUUAAUGCAAGCCAAGAAAGGCUGCCCCUUACAUGCAAACAAGAUGUACAGAUGCAACAUCCUCAUGAUACCUAAAUAUGAUUCCACUGCAUGCAAAAAAAUAAUAAUAAUCAAGAGAAUGAACUAACUUCAAUUAAUCUUUGAUGUAUCUGGAGAUUGUGGUAGUGAACUGGGUGACUGUGACCAUAGACCCCAAAAGAACACUCGUCUGUUUCUUCUUCUUCAUCAUCUUCUUCAUACCCCAGAGACAUUGGCUCCAUAAGUUUCUUUUCAAGCAUUAACAAAUAACAUCCACAUCGGUAGGAAUAUCAACAUCAGUGCAAAUUAGAAAGAUAAUCAUUGAAGGUUAAAAGGUAUACUGAUCUAAACAUGUUUUUCUUAAACAUGUUUGAGAAAAGUUUACUUGGACUUUGGACUUGACACAGAACAACUAACUUAACAAAACCCACAACAUUAACCCGGAACAUUCUGAUGGACCUAUUGUUGGAGUCAUUCCACUGAAACCUAAAAACAAAAAAAAAUCCAGGCCACAUUACAAACUCUAAACACCAUUUCACUGGAUCUUCUCUCCCAACGUCUAGACACAAAGCAGAGCUUUUCACGGGACUGACUUUAAAAAGGUAAUCAAAAAAAAAAAAAAAACAAACAAAAAAAAACUCUAACAUCAUAACAUUCCCUCCUUUGGAGUAAUUUCUAGUGUUAGAUAAUUUCAAUAAUAUAGGCAAAAAAAUAUAUUUAGAUUUAGAUCUAUCUGGCAUGAGUCUGUUACAGUAUGUGUUUAUGGCUGCCUAUUCUUACUAGUUUUGAAUUGUGUAAUGUUUUAUGAGGAACUGCAAGAAUGCUCUUGAUUGGGUCCCAAAUACUUGUAGAUUUCGAGGAAGGGCAGUUACAACAAGGUUUAGGUACUGAGCGUAAUCUUGGACGUAAAUUGGUGCUUUUAAUCCAGGAAUUUUAGGAACAAUUGAUUGGUUGAUUGAUUCAUUGAUUGAUUGAUUUCCAAAAAGUUUACCAUCAGCUGUCAGAAUCCGUUUACAGAUUUUCGGGUGCCUCUUGUGGAAUAUGAACACGACUGCCCUUUUGCUAUUGCACCAGUAGUGUAGGAAAGGAAGCAGUUCACCGGGUAUGAUUUUUUUCAAAUAUUUGGUAAUACGGUGUUGAGUGUUGCUCGUUUACAUGGUGUAACUACAGAAGGUCAGAUUUUAGUACCGGGCAGAUUUCUUUUAACGCAGAGGAUUUUGCCAAUGCCUCUACCUCGUAUCACACAUAGAGACACUAAGAAGGCUCACUUUACCGUAGUAAAAAGGUCUGAUCUGAGUUUCCGAUUAAAGCACAACACUUGAUCUCGAUCUGAGGCUUUACUACAAUUUUGAAACCGCGAAAUCUUCCCUCCUUGACCUUUGAGAAUGGCCUUGUUCUUUAUACGUACGCCUUUUACACUCGUAUGAGUAUUAUGAAUCGAGAUUUUAAAGCCAUGAUGUCUUGUAAUGUAAUAAGACACAGCACAUAACAGGAGCAUGUAUGUAAGUUACUUGCAUUACCCACUCUAGAUACAGUAAUUAGACACCUUGAGCUUAUAAGUUUCUAUCUGACUACCUUUUUUUAAUCUCUGAAUAUAUGGUAUGAGAAAUCUUGCUCAGUAUCUUUAAAAAAAAACUAAAGAAUCAGAUAGAAUUUUAUAACUCUAAAGUCUCAAUUCUUAAAUGGCUUCGUAAUAUUAUUUAUGAUCCAUAAUUCGUAGCUGUAGCAUUAACAGGGGGAAUAUUAGCUACCAAUAUUACCAAUAUUAGCAAAUAAGUUUUCAGUCACUUUCACUUUUCUCUCUCUCUCUCUCUCUCUCUCUCUCUCUAACCUAAGUGCUAUAGGCUAUGAGCCGUUUUUCUCCCCAAACAGCUGGUCUGUCAUUUCGAGAUCGAUUUAAGCAAUACUUAAGUGCAAAGCCUAUGCAUGUGUGCGCACAUCAGUCAUAUGAAGGCAAGAGCUCCAGAAAACGAGUUAUGCAAGGCAAUGACAAAGGAUAUGUUUUUUUUUUUUUUUUUGUGAUGUCUUCACAAAAAAAAAGUACACUUAUUAAUUGGUGAAUUGCACAUCUAGUAUAUAAGCAUGCUCUUACAUUGUCCAUAGUAAUAUUUUAUUUAGGCCUGUAAAUCGAAUCGGAUCCAGAAUGCAUUUCACUGCAUUUUGUAUAAUUCAUCAAGAGAUCAGAAACGCUAUAUAAUGAAAAAUAAAUAAGGUUAAGAAUGAACAAUAACAGUACAUACACGAAGAUGUUCGGUUAUAUGGCAUGAAUCCACUCGGGAACUCAGUGAAUUAUUGUAGGUUUAAUUAAAGCUUCUUACACAACUUCACAACUUAAUCACCACUCAUCAAAAAAAAAAAAAGAAAAGUGGAAAAAAAAAUCCCCAGUAAGUAUCUUCUGUACACUAAAGUGAUUCUCUACAGCAUGGUAGUUCUAGUACAAUGGAGUGCAUCAGGGUCUACAGAGUGACAGGAAAAGGGCAGGCAUGCGUAAUCGCUGUUGCCUUUGCACCAGAUGAAGGUUAAGUGCCUUGCUCAGGGGCACAACCACAUUCAAACAAAGCAGAACGGGGCGGAUCGCGUCUGGACCGUUCUCACAGACACCAGCUCUUAAAACUUUGUAUGAUUUCGCUGCAAUCCGUUCACUACCCUGUAAACUCUUCAACCUGUCACACGCUUCACUGCGACGCAAAGACACCUGGACACCACUGACGAACGCAACGCUAGUUUAAACAAUUAUCUAACCUCUAGAAGAAUAGUAGUCAUUGUAUCUAAGUGUGUUUGUUAAAAAAAAGGUAAAGGUAAAGCAUGAACUCAGUGCAAUCAUUUUAUGAAGAAGUGAUAACAUGCAUCCCUUUUGUAAAAAAAAAUACAAAACAAAAAAAAAAAAAUAUGUGCUGUUUUGUUUAAUAUUUAGUGUACACCUAAAAAAAACAGGGCGGUGCAAAGAGUUUUUUUCUCCACACAUAUUUGUAGUGUGUGCGCAGUAUGCGUGUGUAUUCCGUGUUUGGUACUUAUAUGUAUUUACUAUCAGCACCAUGAGUAUGCAUUAAAUGGGUGAGUGUGUGUGCAGGGUCUGUGUUUAUAUUAAGGCUACACUGGAGAAACGAUGGAUCGUGAACGCUGCUAAUUGCAGGCAUUUCCUGAAGAAUUUCAUAAGGAAAGCAGCCCAAGUUUUAAAGGGGUGGUAAAACACGAUUUCACUUUUCUAACUUUAGCUAGUGUGUAAUGUUCCUGUUUGAGCAUAAACAACAUCUGCAAAGUUACAACGUUCAAAGGUUUAAGCAAAGGGAGAUAUCUGCUUUUAAAGAAAUCCAUUUCUAAGGUCUACGGCAGGGGGCACGGUGGUUAGUGGUUAGCACGUUCGCCUCACACCUCCAAGGUUGGGGGUUCGAUUCCCGCCUCUGCCUUGUGUGUGGAGUUUGCAUGUUUCCCCCGUGCCUCGGGGGUUUCCUCCGGGUACUCCGGUUUCCUCCCCCAAUCCAAAGACAUGCAUGGUAGGUUGAUUGGCAUCUCUGGAAAAUUGUCCGUAGUGUGUGAGUGAAUGAGAGUGUGUGCGCCCUGCGAUGGGUUGGCACUCCGUCCAGGGUGUAUCCUGCCUUGAUGCCCGAUGACGCCUGAGAUAGGCACAGGCUCCCCGUGACCUGAGGUAGUGAGUGAGUGAGGACUACAGCAAACGGCCGGUAAGGACUACACGACAUUCCUCCAGGGUUGCUGACGUCACUAAGCCCAAUAUUUACAUAAACCCCUCCUCCGUGAAUAUUAAAUAAGGGGGGCGUGUCCAUUUUAUAUUGCUGUGGAGCAGAGUUGUGGUAUAGUUAGUAGGCUGGAGUGUCGUUGCCGCGAUGCCGACGAAACGCUGUUAUUUUCAUCCGGAUUGCAGGUCCACUUUGUUCAGCCUUCCUAGGGACGGGGAAGUUAGGGAUCAAUGGUUAAAAUUUAUUUAUAACUCGGUCCCUCAUAAUUGGUAUGGUUUUAUUGACUACUGGUAAAGGUAAGGGGCGUGACGUUUCCGAAAAACGUGCACUAGGCGGUUAGCGGAUCACAACACACUGGGCCAGCUAACCAAUCUAAGCCCAUUGCUAUUUUUGAGGGACUGGCUUCAUAGAACCCGGAAGCCAUCAGACCGUUUUACAAGGAGGGACAGAGCUGUGUAGAAUAAAGGGAAAAUAUAUGAAAAAUAAUGCAAUUUAAAAAAAAAACAAAAACGAAGCAUGAACACAUGUUACAGUGCACCACACAAACACAAUCAAGCCUUCAAAAAAACGUGUUUUACCACCUCUUUAACAUCCCGCUGCCCGACUCUCUCUCUCUCUCUCUCUCUCUCUCACACACACACACACACACACACACACACACACAUACAUUUACAGCAUUUGGCAGACGCCCUUAUCCAGAGCGACGUACAUAAGUGCUUAAAUCUCUAACAUUGAAUACAUUAAUGCUGGCUCACUAAGUUACAUACUUAAGAUACCAUGAGUUUAAAACAUUUGUUCAAAGUUACAAUGAAAAAGUGUCAAAGGUUUUUUUUUAAAUGCAAAAGAUAAGGAAAAAAGUGCUAGUUGAAGUGUUUCUCUCUCUCUCUCUCACACACACACACACACACACACACACACAGAGACUCAAAAACUUACUUGUGAUCUAAUUGUUUGGCUCUGACAUCUGGAGUGACAGGUUGUGAUGUGAUUUGAGGUGAAAUGACGGCACAGAUGCUGAUGUUUGAUCCGUGACGUGUUUGAUUAUAGAUUUUAGAAGCUGGAGAGAUUUUUAUUUGCUCUUCAGAGACUCAGCAGGCCAUUUGCUGAAGCAUUUCAUUUUAGAAACUUGAACUAAAAGUAAAAUAGCUUGAAGAUAAGAGACUCUUGAUGGGAAAAGAAAGGUUGAGGCAUCUGGUCUGGAUUGACAUUAUGAACUAUUUCACAGUCAUGGUGGAUUUAAGGUUUUGAGGAUGACUAAUCAGUGUGUGUUUCUUUGAUUGUUUGUUUGUUGUUGUUUUUUUUUAAUUGAAAAUGAAAAAAAAAACAAGUUUAGCUCACACUAAAAUGAAGUAAAGACACAUUUUACUUGCUUUAACUCGUUCAUCGCACAAAAUCUGGAAAAUUAAAUAUUCACCAAAUUGACCCGGAAAUACAAGUAGGCUUUUUGACAUGUUAUUCUCUCGAAAUUUAAUCUGUUUUAAUGUGAUAAAAAUGACAUCAACAUACAGUGCUGGGCAAAAAGACUUAAUGAAGGAAAAUACUGUAAAAAAAAAAGGAUAAUUGAAUUAAACCUUUCUACAUAAAAUGUAUAGAGAUAUAAAGAGCAAUAAACGGUAAUAAACUGAACACACUUUGAACCUUUUCUUAAAAUUGUCAGUAGUCUCAGAUUCAAAGUUUAUAUAAUACUUCUGGAGAUUUCUUUGACUGUUCUGCUUGCUUCGUCGUUGUUGUCUGUCCUUCUUUAUCAAUAUACAAAUCUUGUUUCUAUAAUAAGUGAUGUUUGGAAAAAUAUGUAACGUAACAGAAUUUGUGCUUAAAUUUAAAAAAAAAAAAAAAAAGGUGUGCGGUUGCCAAAACUUUAGCACAGCACUGUGUGUAGGUCUACAUCUCUGGUGUUUAAAUUAUCUUUAAAUUGCAGCCCCGGGAAUAAAAUCUUGCUGAUGAAUCCUUUUUCUCUUUAUCCAUGUCGUUCUGAAGUAUCGUUACACUCUUGUAUUUUUUUAAUAAGGCGUGCUGUGAGUCAUAUCAGCAGAACAACAGGCAUCAAACCUUAAUCUAACUCGCUUCUUGCUGUGUCUCAUGGAUCGCUGGUAUGGAUUAUAAUGCAUCUGAAACAAAGAAAAGCAAGCAAACGAGAUCAUUCGAGAGCUUCUUGUAAUAUUUAUUGUGUUAAAGCAAGAAACUUGUUUGGGUGCAAUGAAUAUUUUAUGAUGUUGAAACGGAAAACAAAUCAACGCAGCACACACAGACGAGGAUUCUUAAGCCGAGGUUCUACCGACUUUACACCCUGUUUUAUUUCCCUUAUCAGAUGUCUCAGAAUACAGUCAAACUCUUAGGAUUAUUUCUCAUCAAUCCCUUAAGCGUGCUCUAGCUGUAUGGAUGCUCAGAACCUAUGACUCAUUUGUGUGUGUGAGAGUGAGUGAGUGAGUGUGUGUGUGGUAAAAGCUUAGAAGACAGAGCAUAAGAAUGAGCACUCAGACUUACACAGGACAGUGAGGUUGUUAGCACUGGGCAGUUACAAAAGGCAACCUACAGAGUGUGUGUGUGUGUUUGCUCUAGUCGGCGUCCUGCAGGACAACACGCAGUUCCACUUGCCUCCGUCUCGUGUCCGUCACACGGCCCAGGUUCUCUUCGAUGACCUAUUUCCAGUCUGUCCAUCUCUGUAGCUCCGUUUUGCACAGACACAUAUGCACACGUUUUGUGAUGGAACAUGACAUUUGUUAUGUUAUAAUAAAAAGC